CUUUGUUCAGUAAGGAAGAUCAGCAAACCAUGCUUAAAGUACGAACCUUAAUUUUCAUUCUAAACCUAACUUCCAUCGUUUUGGCCCAAGUCCCAACGGGAUGCGUGAAGAUCCAGAGCCGCGCAUUGACAUAUUCCGGUGCGCUAAUAAAAUCUGACCACCAUGACAAGGAUCGUCGCCACGUGUCGUUCAACAGAUGGGGCGAGCCGUGGAUCAUCACGAAGGUCAAGGACGACAUGUACACAGUAAAGCACGCCGGCACCAAGGAAGAAUUGUUCGAAUCGGUGCAGAAAUGGAACGGGAACUACAUUUUCACCUGGAUCCCGAAAACGAUCAUCAACGAUGGUGGGGCUUGGUGGAGAAUUUACCCCAGCAGUGAUGGGUACUUUCACAUUAAAAAUGUGAAAUUUAAUCACUGCUUGUACGCGAAAAUGGUUGGCGACUGGGUGGCCGCUUAUCCUGAGUGCAAUAGCAACAAAUUCGAGUGGAGAAUUUUCAAUGUUAAUGAAUGUUAAUGUUGAUGAAAUUUCAUUUGAUUGAUUGAUUGGUUGAUUAUCAAUAAAAUACAGGAUUCCAUUCUUUUUGAAAGUGAAAACCUAACUUAAUUCACCUACGUGGUUGGUGCCUUCCUCACUCCUAACUAGGGUUAGUGAAAUUUCACGGUUUCACGGACAGCGUGAAAUCCGCGAAAUUUGUCUUUUUCCGCGAAAUCCCGUGAAAUUUUAUGUUUGUGUGAAACUGUAACGAUUUUUCUCAAAAUAAUUUAUCAAAAUCAAAUAAGAAUAAAAACAAUCUUAUGAACUACUGUAGAAUUAAGCGAGUGAAUACCCUGGUUUAAUUACUAAUAUAGGGUUAGUGAUUUUUUACGAUUUCGUGCCGCUUGACAUAUUUAACGAAUGCACCAAUGCGCAAUAUACCACCAUUCGGUCAUCAGAUGGCCAGUUGGAACCGGUUCCAUGGUCCCCGGAAUCCUUGCCUACAUCAAGUAAUUGCAAUGAACUAUGUUAUAAGGCAUGUUAUAAAAGAAAAUGAUAAAGUU